UUUUGCGAUUAGAAGGAAAGGCACGGAGAUUGUGGAAAGCAACGCUGGCCGUUCUUCAAAAUCCUUUUACGGCCUGAGGUUUAGCAUCGGCGCGUGUGAGACCAAUGUGGAUAUGCAUGGACAGAAAAUCAAUAAAAGAAGAUUUAACAUUCAAACUACAAGAUCUGCUCAACUAAUUCUGUGCUCUCCACAUCUGAAUUCCUUGUGGGCUUGUUGCAACCCCUGCCAUUCUACAUUAGAAACCACUGCUCAAAAUGGAGAGAAUUAAUUCUGAUGCCUUGAGGGUAUAAAAUGCCUGAUCAACUCAAGAAGGUGAAGACCAGAGAAAAGGCAGCAGAUACUAAAUCUCAAAGGGAUUAUUCUGAUCUUAAAAGGCUUCUGGCCUUUCUAAAUGUCCAGUCUAGCAAGCAAAAGUUGCCAGCCCUUAACUUUGAAAAUAUUAAUAAUAAUAUGACCAAGUCUGAACAAUAUUCUAGCAACUCUUGCAAAGAGAAAUAUAGAGGUCAAUGGGAAGAAUCUGCUGAAGCUGUUGAACUGGAAAACUUCAGUAUGAAUUACAAGAAUGAAAGAAAUUUUAGUCAACAUCCACAGCACAAGUUAUUUCAAGAUAUCUUUGUAGCUUUGGUUAAAAACCGGCUUAUUUGCAGGGAAUGGGCUAACCGAGCUUCAUCUGUCCAUUUUCUAAGAAUUUUAAUUUGUAUAAGAUUAUUAAUGAGAGAUCCAUGCUAUCAGGAAGUUCUUCACAGUCUGGGUGGAAUUGACAGUUUAGCACAGUAUAUGGAAACAGUAACAAAUGAUUAUCUUGCCUAUGGAGAGGAGCAACAUAACAUAGAUAAAUUAGUCAACAUGAUAUAUAUUAUUCAAAAACUUUCAGCGGUUAAAGAUCAAAGAGAAUGGGUUACAGCCAGUGGAGUGCAUAAGACUUUGAUUAAUUUACUAGGAUCUAGAGAAAAUAGUGUACUAGUAGGUUCACUGCUUGCUCUCACAAGCUUGGCAGAAAGCCCUGAAUGUCGUGAGAAAAUAAGUGAGCUGAAUGUUGUCGAAAAUUUAUUGAUGAUAUUACACGAAUACGAUUUGCUCUCUAAAAGAUUGACAGCAGAAUUACUCCGUCUCCUUUGUGUGGAAUCACAAGUCAAGGAACAAAUCAAGUUGUAUGAGGGUGUGCCUAUUCUGCUUAGUCUUCUCCAUUCUGAUCAUCUAAAACUACUCUGGAGUGUAGUUUGGAUUCUUGUACAGAUUUGCGAAGAUCCUGAUACCAGUGUUGAAAUUCGAAUUUGGGGUGGAAUCAAACAGCUCCUUCAUAUUUUACAAGGGGAACGAAGUCUGUUUUUGGAUCGUUCUUCCAUUGGGAGUUUAUCUAGUGCAAACAUAGCUGGAAGAAUCCAUCAGCUUCAUUUAUCAGAAGAGUUAAGCUCUCAUGAAAUACAAGAAAAUACAUUUUCUCUUCAAGCAGCCUGUUGUGCUGCAAUUACUGAAUUGGUCCUUAAUGACACCAAUGCCCAUCAAGUAGUACAGGAAAAUGGGAUAUAUACAAUAGCAAAGCUGCUUUUACCUAAUAAGCAAAGGAAUAUAGCAAAGGCUAAUUUAUUACAGUGUUAUGCAUUCAGAGCUCUGAGAUUUCUUUUCAGUAUGGAAAGGAAUCGACAUCUUUUUAAAAGGCUCUUUCCUACAGACUUGUUUGAAAGCUUCAUAGAUGUUGGGCAUUAUAUUCGUGAGAUCAGUGCCUAUGAAGAGCUAGUAUUGAAAUUAAAUGCGCUACUGGAAGAGGAAGUUAAGCAAAUCUCUGAAAAUAUUGAAACUAUAAAUCAGAAUAAAGCACCAAUGAAAUACAUAGGCAAUUACGCAGUUUUGGAUCAUCUUGGCAGUGGAGCAUUUGGAAGCGUUUAUAAGGUUAGAAAACAUAGUGGCCAAAACUUUCUAGCAAUGAAAGAGAUUAAUUUACAUAAUCCAGCAUUUGGAAAAGAUAAAAAAGAUCGAGAGAGCAGUGUAAAGAACAUUGUCUCUGAAUUAACCAUAAUUAAAGAACAGCUUUAUCAUCCCAAUGUUGUACGAUACCACAGAACCUUUUUAGAAAAUGAUAGAUUGUAUAUAGUCAUGGAGCUCAUAGAAGGAGCACCCCUUGGAGAACAUUUUCAUUCUUUGAAGGAAAAACAACAGCAAUUUACAGAAGAGAGAAUAUGGAAUAUAUUCAUUCAACUAUGUUUAGCUCUUCGGUAUUUGCACAAAGAGAAGAGGAUUGUCCAUAGAGACCUCACGCCAAACAAUAUCAUGCUGGGAGAUAAGGAUAAAGUAACAAUCACUGACUUUGGUCUUGCAAAGCAAAAACAGGAGAACAGCAAACUCACUUCAGUUGUUGGAACUAUUCUGUAUUCCUGCCCUGAAGUUGUAAAGAGUGAGCCAUAUGGUGAGAAGGCUGAUGUCUGGGCUGCAGGAUGUGUUUUAUAUCAGAUGGCAACACUCAACCCUCCAUUUUAUAGCGCCAACAUGCUCUCCUUAGCAACUAAAAUAGUAGAAGCUGUUUAUGAGCCAGUACCAGGAGGUAUAUAUACUACAAAGGUAUCUGCUGUCAUAAAAAAAUGUUUGAACCCUGAUGCAGACAUCCGUCCUGAUAUAGUAGAGGUCAGUUCAAUGAUUUCAGAUGUUAUGAUGAAGUAUUUAGAUGGAUUAUCACAUUCUCAGCUUGUCUUGGAGAAGAAAUUGGAACGUGAAAGAAGGCGUACUCAGAGAUAUUUCAUGGAGGCCAAUAGGAAUGCAAUAAAAUGUCAUCAUCAACUUGCUGUGCUGUCUCAGGAAUGUUAUGAAAAGUCAAGUUUCAGCAGCAGUAGUAGUGAAGCAGCUAGUUUAAAAAGUGAAUUUUAUGAAAAUACUGAUAUUCUAUCUGAAAACCUCCACCAGUUUUCUGGAAAGGAUGAAGAGAAAGAUGAAACCCUUUCAGAUGAUAACUGCAUUUUAGAAAACACAGAAAAAGAUGUCUUCUCGGAAUUUGAUGAUGAAUUGGAUAUUGCAGAUUCUAGCAGCUCUAGUUCAAGUCCCCUUAAAGAGUCAGCAUUUGGUAUAAAACGCAGUUUAAGUGCUUAUGAAAGACAGCCUCAGGCAAGAGAUUACACUGGAAUUCCAGGAUUCAGACCAAGACCUGCUUUGCUGCCCCUUGAUCUGCUUCUGAAAGAGCCUUCAUUCAUGUUCAGGGCCCACGUUAAGAAAAUAGAGGAUUCGUUAGUGACAGGGUGGAAAUCCCAUAGCCUUCCUGCUGUGAUUCUGCGCAAUCUGAAAGAUCAUGCAUCAGCUGGGAUUGCUGUGUCACAACGGAAGGUGCGUCAGAUCAGUGAUCCUAUUCAACAGAUUCUAGUUCAGCUGCACAAAAUUAUUUACAUCACUCAGCUGCCACCAACUCUGCAUUGCAAUUUGAACAGAAGAAUUGUCGAGAGAUUCAAGAAAUCUUUAUUCAGUCAGCAGAGUAAUCCAUGUAAUUUGAAGUCUGAGAUUAAGAAGGUACUUCAAGGUUCCCCAGAAUUGAUUGAGCCUAAUUUUUUGACUUCAGAUUGUCAUUUGUUGCUUCAUUCUUCAAGUGGCAGUACUUUAGUCCUAGAUGACAGACCUGGUCUUCUUGGCACUUUUGACAUGGAUGAAGGAAUGACAUAUGAACAAAUGCAGACUGUAAUUGAAGAGGUUCUGGAGGAAUGUGGAUAUUACAAUUUUACCUCAAGCAGGUAUCAAUACUAUCCAUGGGGAGCAAGAAAUCAUCCAGCCAGAAGAUAAGCACUUGGAAUUUUGUCUACAUUGGCGGAUUUUCUACUAAGGUCUAAAUGUCUCGACUUUAGCUUUUAUUUUCCUACUACUAAAGGGAAACACUGUGUAAAACACAAGACAAAAGGAAGCACCCAGGAAAUAGAAAUCAUUCAGAUUUUCUAUGUAGCUUACAAAGAAUCAUCAAGCAGUAGAACUCUAAUAUAUAUAUCUCUGUCAGUAGGUCUAUGCAGUAUAGUUUUGGCAUCAAGCUAUAGUUCAUGCAAAAUGUAAACAUUCUUCCAAGUAGUUCGACUAAGAUGACAAUGUACAGUUCUUCAGCCCCUUCUUGAUUUUUGGAAUGGCCUGAUGAAUACUCAGGUUUAUUAGAAAUCCUAGUUUUUACAGAUUUCUUAAUAUCAGAGUGUCUAUUUUUUUUUUUAUAAUAGAAUAUAUUUUUAGAUAGAGAGCAAUUCAGAAUGUCUAAGGAAAGGGGACAAAGUCUAGCUAUAUUAGAAUCAAAAAUAGCUUGGGAAUCAGAAAUGAACAUUCCAAGUACUGCUUUAAUUACUUGAAAUAGUUGGUAUUUAUGCUGCAAAUAUGAUAUAGACAGUAUUUACAACUUUCACAAUUUCUAACAUUUGUUAAAUCCAAAGAUUAGAGCAUGGAACAUGCUUAGGUUCUAUAAAUAUGUACUAUACAUAUUUAUAUUAAAUAAAUACUCUAAUUAUUAUUGAUAAUUAGAUAUGUAGCAAACAUUGCACUUUUGAAAAACUGAAAGUCUUUCUGGAAAAUAUUUGUAAAAUAGUAAUGCACAUAUUAUUGUUAUCUGGACAUUUCUUUACCUUUGGCAUAUUUUCAGCUUUACUAAAUCUUUUCAAUUUAGUCUAUGGUUAUCUACAGUGAUGUUGUAAAUUUUAUAGAUUGGAUGUAAUAUUUCCAAAUUCCAUUGACUUUUUAAAAUGAGAAUAUGUUUGAAAAUUUUAAUAUAGGCUUUAAUCUUUGGACAUGUAAGGUGAAGGGCAACAUUUAAUAUUGUGUUAGGGGAAUAAAAAAGAAAAGGAAAUCAAUUCUAUCAACUAUAUCUGUUGGUAGUCACACUGUUGUUUACAUAAAAUGUAAUGUAUAUGUACAUUAACAAUAUUUUUGAAGUUACACGCUUACAGUAAUUUAAAUUGCUACGGGGCAUAUUACUUAAUUAUGCAUAACAUAUUUCAUGGAGGGAGACCUAGGAAAAAGUAUGUUCAGAUUUGCCUAUUCUAACAUAUCUUAAUCUUCUAUAAAUGAUAAAAUGGAUUUGAGAUAAACCAAAAAGAACAUUUGAAAUCAAAAUAAGAAAACUUCAACAAAAUAUCACAAAACAAAAAUACCAUCUAGCAUUGCCAUUUGUCACUUUCAAAUUGCAGUAAUAUUUCACACAUAUUUCUACAUUUGUGUGCUAAAGUUGAUAAUGAAGAUGCACAUACUGAAAUUUUCAGUAGGACUGCAUACUCAGAGAUUGGCUAGGUUCCUAUAUGUAUGUACAAUACGUUUUAGAGGUUUUCUUCAUUUUGCUUGUUCACCACAAUAAAAUCAAUAGAACCAAGCAGCUGCAUGGUUCAUGGUGGCAAAUAUUUUUAUACAACAAUUUUAUUCAAGAAAUUUCAUGUGAAAACUAUAUUAGUUCUGAUGGAUAUUGAUAGAUAACAAAAUUUCAUAGAAAAAAAUAGUAAAUAAUAUAGUGACAAUUGCAAAGGGUGUGUGCGUGUCAAGAUGUCAGCCACGGAAUCAUGAUGAAAACCCCACCCCACUUUCUUCAUGUAUCAGAUAUUGGCACACAUACAAAAGAGGUAGAUUUCAAUCACAAAGUCACAACCACAGUCUGUCUUAAUGCUGCCUACAAACACCACUGAAUUGAACAGUCAAAAAUUAAAAACAGGCCAAAUUCUGCUCAGACUUCAUUGCCUUAAAAGUGAUUCUUAAUAAUUAAGGAAUUGAUAGCUCUGAGUCAUGUCAAAUGCUUUUUAACGCUAAAAUUGAUAGAAACUGUUUGAAUCCAAAGUGUCUGUCCCUCACAGUUUUUUAUACAUAGAUUCUGUCCUGUACCAAAUUAAGCCAGUGCAGAUUUAUAUGUGGUUCUUCAAAUUACAGACCACAGAAGGGACAGCUUUUCGGGUGUAAAAGGCAUACUAUAAAUUUCAAGGAAACUCUGUUUCCUAUCACUGCUGAUAUCGCAGUGUAGUUAAGUCUUUGUAGUUGUAUAAAUUUCCUUCCAUUUUUUUAUGCUCUUAGGAUAAACCAAGUGCUUGUAUAAUGAUAAUGAUACUGAAUCCGAUAGUACCAUUUGUAAUGGCCUUUGAAAUAGGAACCAUAUGAGAAUAUGAUUACACAUUUUGACAUUUCAAAUAAUAAAGCAUGUUAAUUACUUUUUAAAAACUGUUUGUAAUUAUACAGGUAACCUUCAAAACUCAGCAUUUAUCAUCUUAGGAAUAAAAGUAAAAGUAUGGCAUCUUUUUAGUUUAGAAUAUCAGACUACCAAAAUCAUUGGAAAUUCACACAUUUGCAUUCACUUUUAAUGUGACUUUAUUUUAAAAUAUCAUCUAAUGAAAACAGAACAUUCUAUCUAGAACAAUCAUUCCAGACACUGAAAUUGAGACAGGUUCUAAUUAUUUUUGUCUAUAUUUUCUUAUAACAAUUAUGUUUUCAAGAGCCAGCAGGAAAAAAUCAAAAAAUGAUUUUGUUUAAUGAAAUUGAACUGCUAUACAGUUUUUAAUUUAGUAUAGUUACACCAACAAGAAUGACUUUUUCCUACAAUUAAUAUGUUGCACAAGUUGAUACUUGAAAAUAUUUAUUGAUAAAAUAAAUAUAAUAUUGAGAAUUAUUAUUUUGAUAGUUCUUACUUAUUGCAAUUAUUCUUUAAAUGUAAACUUCAUUUUGCUUGGCUUUUAGAUUGAAGAAAUAAAAUUAAUGGUGUUUGAUAGGUGAGGUGGGAAUGAAAAUAAGAAUGGUGGCAAGAGCCACACAAUUAAAGACCCACACCUUUUUAGCUGUAACGUAGGAUGACAUAGAUAAAAGGAUGUUUAUGUAGGAUAACCUACAUAAAAAUACAGCUACAUGAAUCUGACAUAUAUUACACUAAUAUAUAUAUAAAUUUCCUAAUUUUUAUUUUUUCUAUUGUUUAAAAGAAAUACAACAAGAGUUCAGCAAGAGUUAGAUAUCUUUUACAAUUAAUUUUAACAACCAUAGACAAAAAGACUUUUACAUCUUGUUAUCUUUUGAUUUGAAGUGAUAAGAUCAUAUAUUUGGAACUAGAUGCCAAACAUAGACACUGUGUAGAAGAAUUCAUUCAUCCUAAUGCAGAUGAUUUGUUACCUGGCUUAAUUGUGGGAACAGCAGCAAAUGUGAAAGACAGCAACUUUUACAUAGUUUGUACUGUACUUAUUGAAUCCAGGAUAGGGAAGGAUAUUCUUGCUGGUGUUCGAAGAGCAGCAAUAAGUGUCUGACAGCCACAACCAGAAGAUAAUACAGAGUGGUAGGCUGAUCAUACACUGGGAUUUUCCUUUUGUUUUACCCAUAAUUGUUUGGAUAGGAAGAGGGGAUAAAUCUAUUUUAAAGUUUAUGGAAACAUUGACCAUAUGUUUCCUAACUGAAAAUAGUAGGAAAUCAUGUUGAUCAUUUUUACCAGUUGUGCUCACAAUCAUUGGUCUUGUCAGAAAAGGUUAUAGAUAUUUUUAAAAAGAGGGCUAGGGCUGUUUGUAGCCUAAUGCCAUCAUUUAUUUUUCACUGUUUUACAGUGAUUUCUUCAGCUUGAGCAUGGUAGCAAGCUAGAAGUAUCCUGGUAAGAUGGAUAUCCAUGCAAUCCAUGCCUUUUAUUUAGGAUUAUGGAAGUAAAUGAAAGUUCACUCUGUAUCAUUUCUUAUUUGUGACCCAUACUAUUUCUUUUUAUCCCAUUUCUAAGCAAAUAAAUCUCAGACUGAUCUGUUCCAAUUUUUUCGCAAUUUAAUAUCUUCUGUAAUGCAUGUUUUAUAAUUAUUGCCCAUUGUAUACUUUGUGUAAUAUACAAGUUAUUUAAACUUUCCUAAAUUUAUUGGAACACCUUUCUGAAAUUUAUAUGUAAAACAUGCCAGAUUUUAUAAAUAUUUCUACCAAGAAUAUAGAAUAGCAGUCGACCCUGCAUUACAGUAAUAUGUAUUAUAACCAAGUUUGCUGACAGGAAAUGUGGUACUUCAGAAUAAUAGAAAGUAGUAGCAAACUGUAGAUAUCUAGACAAAUUCACAUGAAAAGCAUGCAGUAAGAACUGAGUGCCUGCUAUACAAAAGUAGAGAAGCAGCAAUGUAACAUUUUCCAUAAUAAUCUUACUUUAUAGUAAAUGCUUCUAAUCCAGUAAUAGAUAUUAUAUAAUAUGUACUAUGUAAUAUAUAUUCUAUAAAGUAUUUUCCAUUUGACUUAAAAUAGAGAUGAUAAAUAUUUAUACUAAAUAUAUUUCUAAGUUAUUUUUAAGAUACUAAUUACUUUGUUAUUUGAUCUUCAAGCAUUAAGAUUUAACGUACAGUUUUAGUUCUGAUUCUAAAGAGUCUUAACUUUUCAAGAAAGACUUAUUUUAAAGAGAUGUCAUGAAAAAUAUCAACGAUUGAAUGGAGAAUUAAUUUGAUUAGAUUCAAGAACUAAUUAAUGAAACCAGCAAAUAAUUGACAAAUUCUUGCUUUACUGAGUGACAGAUUGUAUUUUUUAUCCACUGACAUACUGAGAACAAGCUUUAUUGACAUUUCUUUUUUAAAAAAUAUCUGAGCACAAUAUCUGCUACAGUUUGAUAAAUUUGUAUACAGGUAGUCAUUGACUUAUGACAAUUGAGCCCAAAAUUUCUGUAGCUAACAAAGGCAUUUGUUAUGUGAGUUGCACCCCAUUUUACAACUUGUUUUGCCACAGUUGUUAAGAAAAUCACUGCAGUUAUUAAGCAAAUCAUGUGAUUGUUAAGCGACUCUGGCUUCCCUCUUGGAAAUCAAUUGGGAAGUUUACAAAUAGUGAUCAGACAACCUCAGGAUAGCUAAUCUGUCAUAAAUAUCAGUUGCCAAGUGCUUGAAUUUUGAUGUACGAUCAUGCAGAUUCUGUAAGUUAUAAGUAUGAAAAUUCACUUUUUUCAGGGCCAUUUUAGCUUCAAUCACUAAAUAAAUGGUUGUAAGCAGAUGUCUACUUGUACAAAAUAUACAUAAUAUAUCCCUAUCACAAAGAAAGUUUGCACAUUUGUUAAAAUUUCUGGUUCACAACUAGCUGUGGUCAAAAUUAUUUAAUGAGAAUUUUACUUUGAAAGCAUUUUGUUGUAUACAUCAAAAGACUAUAAACUAUCAAAACUGAG